AUGGCCCGCAGUUCGACUUUGUGGGCUAUCUCGCUACCACCACAAUUACCGCCAGGAAUCAUCUAUGAAGAUUUACACCUUGUACCAACAUUUGCCAAAGCCCAUGGUGUGGCAAUGGGGAUUGCGUUCGGGAUUAUCUUUCCCCUUGGCGCCAUCCUUUUGCGAGUGCUCCAGUUGAAGUACGGGGUGUAUGCACAUAUUGGCUGCCAGUUAUUGGCGUACGUCCUGAUGAUUGCUGGCCUGGCCACUGGAAUUCGGGUUGGAAAGAUUCUUGACAGGCUCCAUAACAAUAGCCACACGAUAUUAGGAACUGUCAUUGUCGUCUUUCUCCUUAUCCAGCCAUUCAUUGGCUUUUGGCACCAUCAUCAAUAUAAGAAAACCCAAAAAGCCGGAAGAUGGACACACGUCCAUAUUUGGAUCGGGCGGAUAUUUCUUCUGCUUGGAAUUAUCAACGGCGGUACUGGCCUGAAGCUCGCAGAUAACACAACAGGAGGAAUAAUAGCUUACGCCGUAGUUGGUGGCGUGUUUGGCGUGGUAUACUUCUCGAUCGCCGCUCUGCAUCAGGGAAAAGUGAUCCUGGGAAAGGAGACGACGCCCGAAAUGACCCAGACUUAG